GGUUUGAGUGCUCCUUCGGGAGGGGUUCCAUCCAGUCCUGACACAGGACGGUCCUUCAUGUGAGCAUCCCACCAACCAUCUGACCCCGGAGUGAAGGUCACCAAGGCAAACCAUCCUUCUCGGCUAAGAAACAAAGGCAGUUGAGCAGGAUGAUCAGAUCUUUCUGGAACUUCUCCGGCGCGUUCUUCUUGAUGAACUUCCUGAGGAAGACCGGGUCGUUGUGCUCUAUCUGCUGGGCUUCGGUGCGCUGCUCCACCAGGAUGCCGUAGGUGUUGACGAUGAUCUCCGAGAAGGACGGAUGAAGGGAGGUCUUGUAGCCGAGCUGGCUCAGCUGCUUCAUCAGAUAAGAUUUCCUAAUUCCACUCAGCGACGCCACUUCACGCGGCGAUACAUCAGAGGAGCGGUGCUUCGGAGCUCUUUCAGUCGGACCUGCUUCUCCUGACGAACGUUAUGGCUGCAAGGCGGAUUUACCUGGUCCUCUGCUGCCUGUUACUGGCACACUGCUCCCUCCAGCAGGCUUCCACCAGGAAGAAAAACAGCAAGAAAGACUCUGGCAAUAACGCUGCCAUUGAGGAGCUGAAGAAAAAGGUCGGUGAGAUAGAACAAGAGCUGACGGCGAUGAAGGAGCUGCAGGCUCUGCAAACAGUGUGCCUGAGAGGAAUGAAGAUCCUGGGCAAGUGCUUCCUGGUGGAUCCGGUGAAGAAGUCCUUCCAUGCAGCCAAUGAUGACUGUAUGGCUAAAGGAGGGAGCCUGAGCACCCCGGUUUCGGGGGAGGAAAACGACCAGCUGUACAGCUAUGUCCGCCAGAGCAUUGGCCCCGAGGAGCACAUCUGGCUGGGCAUCAACGACAUGGUGACUGAGGGCAAGUGGCUGGACCAGUCCGGCUCCGACCUGCGCUUCAAGAACUGGGAGACGGAGGUCACCACGCAGCCGGACGGAGGUCGCAGCCAGAACUGCGGCGUCCUCUCCACCACUGCGAACGGCAAGUGGUUCGACGAGAGCUGCCGAGCAGAGAAGGCCUCAGUGUGUGAGUUCAACAUCGUCUGAGAGUAGCGUCAGCUGAAGAAACACCACGUAGUGGCAGCAACACACGCACAAUAGCCUGAAAAUGAACAACUAUACCACCGCUUCUGCUAUGUUGCCUCGAGUAAUCUGCCCUGUGCCUGUUCUUUGAAUCAAUAAAUCUCACAGAGUGUGACAUCAUUGGAAUGGAAAGCAGUG